AUGACUCAACCCAACCCCUACAUUCUCGCAGCGGACAACCCCUCUGCCGUUCUGGACCUUCUCAAGUCCGACCCUUCUAUCGCAUCUAAUCAGGACGAACACGGAUACUCUCUGCUCCAUGCUGCGUCUUCCUACGGACACAUCGACCUCCUGCGCGCUCUUGUACGAGAUUUCAAUGUGGAUGUGAAUCUACUCGACGAAGACAGUGAAACAUGUUUAUUUGUAACGGAGAGAGUCGACAUCGCAAAAUGUCUUAUUGAGGAGCUGGGGAUUGACCACAAUCGGACAAACGACGAAGGUCUGACGGCCAGAGAAACCAUCGAGGGCGAUGGCUCUUUUCCGGAGGUCGCUACCUACCUGCGACAGGUAGCUGGCAUACCUGGUGAAGUGCCCAGCAGUUUAUCGGCCGGCGAUGCAUUGAACCCGGCUCCGCCGCUACCUCCGAACCUUCAGGUGAAUCUUGGGACAAUGUCUGAGCAGGAAGCCAGCGCGGGGACCGGCGAGGUGGAUACGGAGUUCAAGAGAAGAAUCGAUGAGCUUGCUGCUCGGGAGGAUUUCCAGAGCGAGGCGAGUCAGAAUGAGCUUCGGCAGCUUGUCAUGGAGGCAAUCCAAGGGUCAGAUAUUAAUGCGCAAGAUAAGGAUGUGCGGAGAAGGACGGAGUGA